CAAGGUUACCUCCGAAAUACUUGCAUAUAAAUACCGCGUCAUCAUGAUUCCAGCACCAGUUAUCUCAGUGACAAAUUGGGUUGAUAGUCAUGGCUUACUUUGUUCUCUUCGCAGUACUCCAAACCUUGGCUCUGGCAAACGCUGGAAUCAUCGUACCCUCAGCGAGAGUACUGCAAGGUCCAAGUUCCAGGACAACUCUAGUUGGCCCAGACGGUAGCAUCAUCGAUUCUUUCCAACCUGGUGGGCAAAUAAUCUCAGAGGACCAUGCCACAAUCUUGGCACAUGCUGAACCAGCUGUGGUAGCCCAUGCUGCACCAGUAAUCACUGCUAAAGCAGUAGUUCCUGUACAUGCAGAGGCAUUGGUACACACUCCAGUGGUUUCCACCCCAGUAGUAGCUAAAACUAUUGUGGAAACCCCAGUAGUGACUGCCCAUGUGGCCCCAGUAGCAGCAGCUGCAGUUAUCGGAAGCAAAACUACCAUUUCUGAACAUUCUCAGUCAAUUGUUCACCCAUCUCCAGUUGCCAAAGUAUAUUCCGCUCCUGUGGUUGCUGCACAGGAAGUGGCUGCAGUAGUAGCUGCUCCAGUUGCUGCUGUUGAAGCUGAACCUGUAGUCGCUGCCAAGACCGUAGUUGCCGAAGCCGCUAACGCUGAAGAAACUCAUGAAGAUACAGUUAUCAAAGCUGAAGCUACUCCUGUCGUCACAACCCAUGCCAUUCCAGCUGUUGCUACGAAAACCGUAGUAUCUGAACAUGCUAACACUGUUGUUUCUCAUUCCGCUCCUCUUGUUGGUGUUCACCACAUUCCUGUUGCUACUGCUUACGCUGCUCCUGCUUUGGUGGCCCACCCUGUGGGAUUGGUAGCUGGAAGAACUUUGGCUCAUGAGAGUACUGUUGUGACUGGUCCCUCUGGAACUGUUGCCACUGGAAAAUUACUUCCUGUUUCUACUAUUGUCGCUCACCACGGUCUUUAUCACUGAUUUGAUGUUGAAUAAAAUAUUUAUUGGAA